AUGGCUGGUACAGUAUAUGCUGCUGGAUUCAAAGGGGGUCUAGGCCUUUCUUCUUUUUCAUUCAUGGCAGGUGAAGACUACACUGCCCUGGCCGGGGCGAUGCCGACGUGGGUUCGGGUGGCUCGUCCGGUGCGGUUGAGGCCAAUGAUGAAGAAUGUGAAUGAAGGAAAGGGUGUUUUUGCUCCAGCUGUUGUUGUCACACGUAAUGUUAUAGGGAAGAAGACAUUCAACCAGCUGAGAGGCAAAGCUAUUGCUUUACACUCACAGGUAAUAAAUGAAUUCUGCAAAACAAUCGGAGCAGAUAACAAACAAAGGCAGGGACUGAUUCGACUGGCAAAGAAAAAUGGAGAAAACCUUGGAUUCCUUGCUUAA